CCUUUCAUAUAGCCCGUGGCUUCCCACUUUACCUUUCUGCUAAAAGACGUUCACAAGGCUACAGAGAACCAGGGCAAAGAUGUCAAGGAUUUGGUGCCUGUUGGCAGCAACUUGGGUCCUUCUGUCUUUGGCCACAGCCCAGCGCAGGUCCAGUAGCAGGAACAACCGAUGGGAAGAAAAUGGGAGCGACAAGCCCGCUGCCUACAAGACUUGGAAUUCCCGAUUGUACCCCAGGUGGAGAGAGGGAGACCCAAGGCAGAGGAACUGCUGGCGAGGAGGCCAUGUGGCAUUUGACAUCAGCAACGAUGCCCCAACCAUAACAGGAGCCAAGGCCACGUUCAGCAUCGCUCUGCGAUUCCCUCACAAUCAGACUGUGCUACCAGAUGGGCGCAUAGUGUGGAACCAGAACUGCUCUACGAACGGUAGCCAGGUGAGGCAGGGAGACCCCGUUUUCCCUGAUCAAGACAUCAACAUUUCUGAUGGCUUCUUUCCUGAUGGGGAGCCCUUUCCGUCACGUAAUCAGGGCACACGGGGCAAAUUUGUCUAUGUCUGGCAGACAUGGGGGCGCUACUGGCAGGUAGAGGACGGUCCCUCAUCCCUGCUGACCGUGGAUACCAACGAUAUUCCGCUGGGUUCCUACACCAUGGAAGUGGAGGUCUUCCACUAUCGAGGACGUGAAAAAUUCAUCCCCAUCGGGGGCACCUCUACACAGUUCAGCAUCACUGACCAGAUCCCGUUCAAUGUGGACAUUGCGCAGGUGAUGGAUAUAGACGGGACGGACGGCCGCUUUGUGCGAAACCGGGCUAUUUCCUUUGGUGUUCGGCUCCACGACCCCAGUAAAUACCUGGGUGAUGCUGACAUCUCCUACUCUUGGGAUUUUGGAGACGAGAGCGGGACGCUGAUUUCCCGGGUAUCCCUGGUUACCCACACUUACCUCUCCGCUGGCACCUUCAGCCCUCGUGUGGUGAUUCAGGCCGCCAUCCCUUUGGCCUCAUGUGGGAGCAGCACUUCAGAAGGGCCAGUCGUCAUCCCCACAACAGAUUCGAGGGGCAGCACAGUUCAGGCGACCAGUGCCCUCCCCACUGUCAGCAGCAUAAGUGGGGCAAGCUCUGAGGGCAUCCAGACUGCAGUCCCAGCUUCUGGAACUCCAGCGCCCCCAACUGAAGAGCAGCCUGAACCAGAAACUACGGAGACCGGAUCCUUGGUCACUGCAGGGCCUGGUACAGUAGCCAACCAAGUGCCUGAAGGGGCCGAUUUAGCAGCUGCCUCUUUGGACCCUGUGAUUGUUGUCUCUGCCACCUCGGCUGAAGUUGCAUCGGCCACCUCGGCUGAAGUUGCAUCCGCCACCGUAGAUCCCCUGUCUGUGUCCACUGCAGUGACUGCAUCUCUGACCGGCACUGUGGCACCUGCUUCUUCAUCCGUAGUGACCCCUGCGGAUGACCCUAACACUACAGAAUCCACAGUUUUGUCUCCAGUAGUGCCUACAACUGAGCCUCCGUCAGACACAAUCUCUAGUGCAGCCAACACCCCUGCUUCUCCAGGAACAGAAGAUCCUACAGAAGACACCACAACCAUUGAUCUAACUGCAUCCGUUGUGCCUGACAUUGAUCUAACUGCAUCCGUUGUGCCUGACAUUGAUCUAACUGCAUCCAUAGUGCCCGAUAUUGGAUCAGUUGCAACCAAUGUGGUCCAGGUGUUGGUAAAACGGCAGGCACCAUCUGGCUGUCUCCUCUACCGUUAUGGGACUUUUGCCACUAAUUUGGAUGUUGUCCAGGGAAUUGAAAGUGCGGAGAUUGUGCAAGUGGUGGCACUGACCCCCAGCAUCUCUGAGAACACAGUGGACCUUACGGUGACCUGCCAAGGAAGCCUCCCUGAAGAAGUCUGCACGACCAUCGCAGAUGCUGAGUGUCUGACAGCCCAGCAGACCAUCUGUACCCCAGUCCAGCCCAGCCCUGACUGCCAGUUGGUUUUGCGGCAGGUCUUCAACCAGUCUGGCCUUUACUGUGUCAAUGUCUCCCUGGCUGAUGCCAAUAGUCUGGCAGUCGCCAGCACCCAAGUCAAUAUCCAGGCAGGAAGAUCUCCAGCCUCAGCCCAAAUAACUCUAGUAGUUGGUGUGGUGCUAAUUGCUGGUCUCUUAGGUGCCAUUGCCUAUACCUACAGACGUGUCCCCCUCCGUACCGUGACUUCUGCCGGCACUUUCCCCAGAAACUGGCUGUCCGGCCGUUCCCGUCUGCGCCACUUCCUACGCCAAGCUUUCGGGAAGGGGGCUAAUGGGGAAAGCAGCCCACUGCUGAGUGGGAAUGUUAUCUAAAGAUGGAGACAAAUGCUACGGGACCCACCUGAGCCUUGUCCGUUACUGUCCAUGAGGCCUGCACAGAGAAAGGAGAUGGUGUCUGCCCAUGAAUACUUCCCCUCUAAAUUGCUCUUCCCAGCACUGUUAUUCUUUUUUUUUUAAAAAAAAUGCCAACUAAGUAAAAGCCAAGACUUCUUGAUGCUGCCUUCACAGUGCCUGCCUGGGUGGGAAGAAUACAGUCACGGUUGCAGUGUUAAUUCAGGCCGGUGGUUCAUGAUCCUUUCCCCCAACAUUUUAUUUUAUACACUACAGCCAGAGGGGCUGCAAUAUUAAAGGGGAGGAACGGUGCUGGGAA